GUGGCUCGCGGCUGGUUCACGUGUGUUUCCGGGUGGAGGUGAGGGGUUUUCAAACGGGGGGGAAACGAUGAGCCGAAUCCAGGACCUGAAGGUGUUCGUCUCCGAGCGGCUCCGCGCCGCCGCCUCCGAAAUAUUCGGUGCCGUUGAGAAAACGAUAACCGACUACGAGGAGAAGUGCGCCCGUUUGAAGGAGGAGAACGACCGUAACCGCUCCCUGUUGGACAUCAUUCUCAAGACGAAAUCACACAAGGAAGUAGCUCAACCUAUCAAAAGCACCCCGGGUCCUGCUGCUGCUGCUGCUGCUGCUGCUACAGCUGCUGGUUUUCCAGGUGCAUCGCAUUUCAGUCCUCCCCGCAAGGCCAGAGACCCGCCACGCAACUCCACUGAAUUUCAGUGCUCCUUCACCUCACGCACAGACUUACUGAAGUUUGCCACCGGUGGCGACUGUCGCUUCUGCUUGAAGAAAAUUCCAGCCACUGAGAGACAUUUGACGAAGAAACAUUAUCUUUUAGCUGUGAAAUUUACUGCAGGUGGCACUGAUCGAUUUGUUGUACCAUGCACGUGCACAGACUUGAUCCAGGGCAGAAGUCACUGGCACUGCCCGUAUUGCUCGAAGAUCAUUUAUCGGAAAUGUAACUUCGAGGUGCACAUAUCCAAACAACAUGGUCAUGCAAUACUGCCCCAAAACUGGGACAAAGACAUUGAUCAGCCCUCCGUCUCCGCCAUUGAAGAGGAGGUUCCCCGGAGUCCUGAACCCUGGUGUAAGCAGGAACAUGACAGUCUGGACCAGGAGGACCAGCGGGCCUCACUGUUGCGUGAUGUUAAAGAAGAAACGGAAAUCUGCACACAAGUGAGUCAUCCCGGGUGGCAGAACUCGGGUGAUCUGCAGAUUGACGGCGAGCAAAUACAAAAAGGUGACAUUCGAAUGAGUUCGGAGGAACAUCGCGCUCGAGACUCUGAAUUCAGCGUGGCCUUCCCGGGCGGUUACAUUCAAGACCUUAGCGAAAUUAACAGCGUGGAAAAAAUCAAGGGACAUCAGCUUCCCAAUUCUUCAAAUGACCCACUGGAAACGCUGCCGAACAGUGGGGUUGUGGGAAUAUGCCAGCCAACUGGGGAAUCUCAGCAAAGCGCACCUUGUUUAAAGGCACAUAGCAUCAAGAGGAAACUGCGUGUGAAGACAAAUAAGUCUUUGCUCACCUCGUGUUUGAACCUAAAGACUUCAACUCAGCCCGUCAGUCAGAAUCCCACCGGUCCCCAUUGUUGCAAAGCAUGUGGAAAGACUUUCUAUUACAUGUACACGCUGAGGACACACGUGCGUACACACGCCGGCGAUAAGAUCCGUAUUUGUGGAAUCUGUGGAAGACGUUUGGAGUCUACGGAGAGUUUAGUCCAGCACAUUCAGAACCACACCAAGAAGAACAAAUGUGGCAUCUGUGGCAAACAGUUUUCGAAUAAUUCCCGUCUGAAGCGGCAUCUGCGAUUUCACAGACCGAGGGGUCUGAAUAUCACGUCGUUGACUUAAGUACCAUAAAUGGUGAAAUCUUACAGACGUGGCGAGCGCUUCAUACAUAAUGUGACCAGGCAGGAGACACCGUCCAGGAAUGUACCUUUGGGAUAGUGCAAUCCUUGUUGUGUUGUUCAUCUUCUAUAACUGUAUUACACUGUUUUGUAGUCUUUAAUAAAAAAAAAAAAGUUAAAGUUAGA